AUGGCCACCACAUUCUUGCAAACUUCUUCCACCUUUGGAGGUGGCUCUACCCGAGGGGGUUCCCUCCGGGCUGGUGGAGGCAGCUUUGGUGGAGGGAGUCUCUACGGGGGAGGCGGGAGCCGAAGUAUCUCUGCUUCUUCUGCUAGGUUUGUCUCCUCGGGGGCAGGAGGGGGAUAUGGCAGUGGUAUGAGUUGUGGUUUUGGUGGUGGUGCUGGUGGUGGUUUUGGUGGAGCCUUCAGUGGGGGUUUUGGCGGUGGCUUUGGUGACUUUGGCGGUGGCGAUGGAGGUCUCCUCUCUGGCAAUGAGAAGAUCACCAUGCAGAACCUCAAUGACCGCCUGGCCUCCUACCUGGACAAAGUUCGUGCCCUGGAGCAGGCUAACACGGAGCUGGAGGUGAAAAUCCGAGACUGGUACCAGAAGCAGAGCCCAGCCAGUCCAGAGCGAGACUAUAGCCAUUACUUUAAGACCAUGGAAGAGAUCCGGGACAAAAUAAUGGCUGCCAACAUUGACAACUCACGUGUCAUCCUGGAGAUUGACAAUGCCAGGCUGGCAGCGGAUGACUUCAGGCUCAAGUAUGAGAAUGAGCUGGCCCUGCGCCAGAGUGUGGAGGCCGACAUCAACGGACUGCGCCGGGUGCUGGAUGAGCUGACCCUGGCUAGGACCGACCUGGAGAUGCAGAUUGAGCACUUGAAUGAGGAGCUGGCCUACCUGAAGAAGAAUCACGAGGAGGAGAUGAAGGAGUUCAGCAGUCAGCUGGCUGGCCAGGUCAAUGUGGAGAUGGAUGCAGCACCUGGGGUGGACCUGACCCAUGUGCUGGCCGAGAUGAGGGAACAGUAUGAGGCCAUUGCAGAGAGAAACCGUCGGGAUGCAGAGGCUUGGUUCUUCAGUAAGACUGAAGAGCUGAACAAGGAGGUGGCCUCCAACACAGAAAUGAUCCAGACCAGCAAGACAGAGAUCACAGACCUGAGACGCACCAUGCAGGGGCUGGAGAUCGAGCUGCAGUCCCAGCUCAGCAUGAAAGCUGGGCUGGAGAACUCUCUGGCAGAGGUGGAGUGCCGCUAUGCCACACAACUGCAGCAGAUCCAGGGGCUCAUCAGCAGCCUGGAGACCCAGCUGAGCGAGCUCCGCUGUGAGAUGGAGGCUCAGAACCAGGAGUACAACAUGCUGCUGGACAUAAAGACUCGGCUGGAGCAGGAGAUCGCCACCUACCGCAACCUGCUCGAGGGCCAGGAUGCUAAGAUGGCUGGUAUUGGUGCCAGGGAAGCCUCCCUGGGAGGUGGAGGUGGUGGCGGCAGCAGCAGCAGCAGCAACUUCCACAUUAGUGUGGAGGAGUCAGUCGAUGGAAAGGUGGUUUCUUCCCGUAAGAGAGACAUCUAA